GGGGGCUGACCCGACCCGACCCGACCCCACUCCGCCUCCGCCUCGACCCCGGGAUUGCAGCAAGCCCCUUGGGCAGAAGGUAAACAAUUAGGCUGAAAACGGUGCCCUUCUCUGGAAUGGCAGGAGGUAGGAGAGGGCCAAGCAGGGCAUCCUACUGUAGAACGCCACUCAAUGAAUCUGGGUCACUGGGGGGCUCCAGCUAUUCCACCAGCUCGCCCAUCACAGGAGUGCGAUCUCGAACCAGGAGUGGUUCAGGAACUGGCCUGUCAAGCCCUCCUCUCGCAGCCCAGACGGUGAUCCCUCUGAAACACAACAAGAUUCCUGAAUUGCCACUUGAGAAAAGCAUUCUCUUUGAGUUUCAUCUGCUCUUCUGCCACCUCAUAGCCUUGUUUGUUCAUUAUAUCAACAUCUAUAAAACCGUAUGGUGGUACCCUCCAGCUCACCCACCUUCUCAUACGUCCCUGAAUUUCCAUUUGAUUGAUUACAAUUUAUUGGUCCUGACCACCAUUGUGCUGGCCCGUCGUCUUAUUACUGCAGUUGUGAAAGAAGCCUCUCAUAAUGGUAAAAUCUCUGUAUCACAGUCAGUUGUAUUCGUGGCAACUCGAUUUGCGAUCCUGACUGGAACAGGAUGGAGUCUGUGUCGAUCACUUAUUUAUCUUUUUCGGACGUACUCUUUUCUGAAUUUGCUGUUCCUGUGUUAUCCGUUUGGAAUGUACAUACCUUUCUUUCGGCUGAACUAUGAUUCUAAGAGGUCAAACCUUCCACCAUCGGUGGCCAACAUAGGACCCCAUGAGACUGGCCUCGCUAUUGGAAGAAGUAAAGAUUACUUAAGUGUUUUAAAGGAAACCUGGAAAUACCACACCAACCAAAUGCACAGUAUAAACACUACUAUGCCAACACAUGCAUGUUGUCUAUCUCCAGACUUGAUACGAAAUGAAGUGGAACACCUCAAAAUGGACUUCAACUGGCGUGUGAAAGAAGUGCUUGUCAAUGCGAUGCUGAGUGCAUAUUAUAUAGCCUUUGUCCCCGUUUGGUUUAUAAAGAGUACGCAGUAUUAUGACAAGAGGUGGUCCUGCGAACUUUUUAUCCUGGUUUGGAUCAGCACAUGUGUGAUACUAACACGACACCUUCUACCCCCGCGGUAUUGUGACCUGCUGCACAAGGCUGCAGCACACCUGGGCUGCUGGCAGAAAGUAGACCCAGCGCUGUGUUCUAAUGUCCUUCAGCAUCCGUGGUCAGAAGAAUAUAUGUGGCCACAGGGCGUGUUGGUAAAACACAAUAAAAAUGUGUACAAAGCUAUGGGAAAUUACAAUGUGGCAAUCCCUUCAGAUGUUUCACACUUCAGAUUUUAUUUUUUCUUCAAUAAACCCUUGAGGAUUUUGAACAUACUUAUCAUUAUAGAAGGCGUUGUAAUAUUUUACCAGUUGUAUUCAUUACUAUGUUCAGAAAAGUGGCAUCAUACAAUAUCUUUGGGGUUGAUACUGUUCAGCAAUUAUUAUGCCUUCUUCAAAUUACUCCGGGACAGAAUAGUCCUGGGAAAAGCAUAUUCAUACUCUACAAGUGGAAAUUCAGAAAGUAAACUGAAUUAAAAGUCUUUUCUCCCUCCAGUAGCUGUUGAAAUGAUCAGAGCUUUGUAUUUUUGUUACAAUUGCCUUUUCAUGUAAUUGUCAUUAAAAUAUUUUUAUAUCUCUGGAA